AUGGCUGAAGCGAGAUCCCAACUUCAGCCACGUUUGGGCGCUGGAAAUCCUGAAGCCGAGAAUGAGAAAGCAGAGGCUGCUAGCAACUCUUUUGAUGAUACGAUUCUCUCUCCCAAACUGAGCCGUAAUAAAUCUUCCGGACUUGACGCGGCCCUGGAACUUAUCAACGAAGCUGGAGACCUGUCAACAACUCCUCUCGAUCCAGCGCAGCAGAAGCGCCUUGUUCGUCGCAUAGACUAUCAUAUUAUGCCGCUCAUUUGCGUCGUGUACUUCUUGCAGUACAUUGACAAGACUUCCAUUUCAUACGCCAGCGUAACUGGCAUUCAAGAAGCCACAGGCCUUGUCGGAAACCAGUUCAACUGGGUGGCGUCCAUCUUCUUUUUCGGCCAACUCGCGUUUGAAUUUCCAACAAUUCGGCUAAUUCAGCUCUUCCCUCUCGCUAAAUACGCUUCCAUCAAUGUAUUUAUUUGGGGGGCUGUCCUGGCCUGCAUUGCGGCUUGCAAGAAUUACGCUUCUCUACUGAUUCUCCCGCCACGGCAAGGUUCUUGUCACUGGAGGACAAGGAAGCCCACAUCCAGCGAAUUCGAAGCAACGGGCAGGGGCAUUGGAUCUGACAAGUUCAAAUGGAGCCAAGUAAAGGAAGCUCUGACCGACUCGAUGACUUGGCUAUACUGCUUCUGGAUUUUUGCGGCCAAUGUCCCCAACUCUACCGCUACCAGUUUCGGCAACUUGCUGGUCGAGGGCAUGGGCUACUCUAGCCAGGAGUCUCUUAUCCUCGUCACUCCUCUCGGAGCGUAUGAAAUUGUCGCCUUGUCGGGUCUGACAUGGCUUGCAAUGAAGACUAGACAGCGAAUUCUGUGGUGCAUUGCUGGCCAUAUCCCCGCCAUUAUUGGCGCAAUCUUGAUGGCCACGACAAUUGAUCUAUAUGCCAUGAGAUAUCCUCUCAACGAGAGCAGCACUGACCGUGAGACUUCCGAGCAGGCCCUGCGUUUGUCCGAUGGCCAGACAUGCCAGGAUGCCGCGACAAACGCAAACGGCCUCUUCUGCAGGCUCCAUGCCAAGCAGGCUCAUGGUUUAUACAAGGGUUACAAACGGCGAAAUGCCCAACUAGACGCGAUAGACGAUGAAGCCCCGGCAUAUCUUAAAAACUCCCACGUCCCUCUCGCCAACGACAAGUUUGAAAGCAUCCAAGACGAGACGGUGCUUCGACAAGUACACUCCCAUCUGUUUGAGAAGUAUGUCUUGUUCAGCAAGGUCAUCGAUGCUCGCAAGCUGCACCAUAAACACUUCUACCCACUUCAGGUUGACUAUGGUCAUCAAGCAUACCUUGACAAGCUUAGCAGUCAACGUCAUACUGUUCUUCGAGCUUUGGGAAUGCUUGAAAAGCGAACCGCCCAGGUAUUGUACGAGAAGGAGAAGUGGUUUACCUGGGUUCGCAAAGUACAGGAAACGGAAGAAGCAAAUGGCGAGAAGGAGCAGAAGAAGGCGAGGCAAGAAGCUGCCCUUUUCAAACGUCACAUGAAGAAUCUGCAAACCAGGUUAGAAAUCAUUCGACAAAGGGAGGAAAAGAAGCGCCAAGACGCGUACCUUGAGGACGCAUAUAGAGAGCGAAUGUCCAUGUCAGCGGAUGAGGCAGACGACGACGGCGACUGGGAUCCUAUUGAAGAUGCGGGACACGACAAAAGACAAAGUUACAUUGACUUGAUUAGGCACUUCCUUUGGAUGGAAGUAUUGGGCGCAGGUGAAGAUGCUGUACACCGGGCUGGUUCAGACGCUACCGCUCAAGAGGCUGGCCACAGUGGUGAGCCGCAGACAACCGUCGCCAAGUCCAAAAAGAAGCAAAAGGCCAAAGGCACAGCAGCUUCUGAUAAUGGAUCCCGUGGAUCUUCAGACGCUCGGAACGUGGCUAGCAGGGGGCAGAAGAGGCUCUUGGCAAUGCAGGAAAGCGGACAAGCCACGGCUAAACCGGAUCUGCAGGAGCCAAACAUGAUCAACAUUGAGACGGAAGCAGAAAUGAGGAAACGGCUUGCUGAAGGAGUCAAGAAGAACUACGAUGGCUUUUGGGAUUUCCAGAUUGUUAGCGCGUUGGAAAAUCCCCACGAGACUGUCGAAAAGACGGCACCGAUGACGGAUGAUGAGAUCGAUUCCGUCGUCAAGGAUAUCAGGGAAAUUAAACGACUGCUAUUCAGCCGCCUCAUCCUCGCACAGGCAUCCAUGCUACCUGCUGCUAUCCGAGCCAACAGCGUAGAGGAGUUUCUCAACGAUGCCGAUGUUGCCGAAUCUGAUCUGCGAGACAUCUGCUUGAAGGUUGCAGAUCCUACCCUUCAAGUCAUAAGAGAUGCGUGUGCCGACUUUUCCCGAGGAGACGAAGCGGACGAUGACGAGGAUGACGAGGAUGAGGAUGAGGACGAAGAUGAGGACGAUGAUGAGGACGAUGAAUCAUUGUUAGAACUGAUCCUUGAGAUCCGGCGCUAUGCGAACCUUCAUACUCCUUACUGGCUGCUAGAUAAACUUGCAUGUGAGAAGAGCGGCCUUCUUUCACGGCAACAGAAAAAGUCUAGGUCACGCAAGACCAAAGUCACAAUUUGUGGCAAAAGCAUCUGGAACCACGCCAGCGAAAACGCCAUGUCGUUAGAUGGCUGGCUCCAAUUUUCUGUCAUGGCCAAAGACUGCAGCCUUGAAAAUGCCUUCCAGUUAUGCCGCAACUGGGCUGAAUUCUCGGACCUGAAUCUGCUCACUCUGUGGCAAUUCUUCCCCGCGUCGAACUGGGUCCCAUGGGGCAGCAGCCAGAUGGUUCGGCAGCUUCAAGAACUAGGCUUCUUUCCUUACUUUAUCGAUUUUGAGGCUCAACAACACAGCCGAUAUAAUCAGGUCAGUGGUAGAAGCCACGGUCGACGUCAACAUGAUAUUAUCGAGACGCGAAAUAUCAUUGUCGGCCACAUGAAGCGCAACGACCCCGUCACUCGACGAUUUUUGCAAUAUCUCGAAAUGCGGGCCGGAGAGCUGCUGUUGCUCGUGCGGGAUGGCAAGACCGGUCGCGUCGUUACAGCUCCUCCUAAGCAACUCUUGUGGACAUACCGCCAAAAGCAGGGCAUUGGAAGAGCUUCCAAAAACGAAUAUGUCAAUGUCUUAGAGGUUGGUCCUGGAUAUUUUCGGAUGCUCGACAUCUUGCGGAACUGGCGCUUUGGAUUCGAUGACUAUUACGACGUCUUCAUCUGGGACUUUGUACCUUGUCAGUCGGCAAUGGCAACAUACAACAACAUCAUACAUGAGCUUAAGAAUGCACGGCGCAUCACUAAUGUGCGCGGCAUCUACGCACACAUGGAGCCGCUCUUGCGAACUCUGACUUGGGUAGAAGGCUCAAUGCGCACUCGGCAAGUCAAGGCAGGCGAGGAUGUCGAGACCCUCUGGGAUGAGUUCAUGGAUGAAAGGAACGAGUUAGUCCUCGUCAACGGGAACGGAGAGUCGGUUACUAGAUGUGACGCAUCAGAAGCGUCCGCCUCGCCAUACUUGUUUUAUAACGAAGCCAACGUCCUCGAAGAUCAAAUAUUAUUCCCGGAUGAGCUCAUCUCAAACAAGCGAAACGUGCCUUUUAAUGAGAUGAAAGAUGGCGUUAUUCGAAUCGAGAGCGGUGUUUUGCCCAGUAGGGCCCGGCAUCUUCUGAGAAGCCAAAAGGCCGGGAUGUUACUGCUGCAAGGAUAUGAGGGGCGAGAACCAUCCCCCAAGGCGAGUGACGACGAGGAAGAUGGUUAUCUAUCCAACGAGAGCGAUGAUGAGGAAGAUGGUUACCUAUCCAACGCGAGUGACGAUAAAGUUGGUUUUCUAUGGGACUCACCUGAAUUAUGGGAGUCGGCUAUAGAACAGGUGCGAAAGGAGGCGCUUAACGGUCAACAAAAUAUCCGUCUCCAGCGGACGGGUCUAGAUGCAAUGCAAGCGAGCUCAUUAUUUGAGGAACGAUUUGGGGAACGACUUGCUGAAGCAGAUAGCAUGGAAUUGUUGCAGCAUGAGAGGUCCACUAACUUUAAGGAAGCAUGUCAUGGGGGAGAUCUUGAACCAGGAAGUUUGGAGAAGUACUUCCAGGUUCAAGAAAAGAUUGAGCAGAUCCUUGGGUGUAGCCAUUCUGGGUCAACAGACUGGGUCUGGUUUGUCGUCGAGAUAAUGGAUUGGCUUCAAUUGCGUACGAAGUACAAUCACCAUCGCUCCUCACCAUGGUCACACAGUUUUUGGAUCUACGAUCUAGUCCAGGCAUUUGCAACUAUGGCCAUGUUCUUCCCCGGGUUGGCAGCGACCGAGCCUGUGACCAAGUUCCUGGAGUCAAAUGAGUGUAAAGAAUUCAGGAACUCGGAUCUUUUUAGUCCGAAGCAGCGAGCAGCAAACUUGCCCGAUCGAAGAAGUCCAACGAGUUACAAAUAUCGCAAACCAGAGUUCUGGGCAAAGUGGAAGGAAGUCUUGGACUCACGGGGCUAUUUCACCGAUAUAUACCCCUAUGACUGGAGCCUUGCGAUCCGUCCCAUCAUUGCACAUUGUCAGUUAAAUCUCGCCAGUCCCAUCACCAACCUCGCAAGAUUCGCUAACAACAGAUUCGUAGUAUAUCGAGCAGGGGCGAUCGCGCCCUUACACUGUCAAAGUGAUGCACAAAUCAUUCCUGGCAUUGCCACGGCCAAUACGGAGCCUCACCGCCCCGAUAAGCUAGAUCUCUUCAUCAACUAUGAAGAUCCGUAUAACAGCUGUCCCCCCCCGACUUUCCCCGCGUGCUAUAUUCACCCACACCAAUGGCCUGUCCUGCUACCGCUCGCCCAAGAAUUCGCCAAAGGCCACCAGAGCGCGCGUUUUGCGCUUCUUCGGCAGUGGUCGGCGCCGCACUUCUACCCCCUGAGCGUCGGGCCGGAAAACCGGCAUGGACUCAGCUUCCUUGACAGCGCCGGCCGAUCGUGGCAGUGGAAUUUCGCGCCCAAAGAUAUGCCGGGGAGCGAGUUCAGCGCACGCUGGAACACUUUGAAGCGAUUGGAGCGAUUGCAAAAUAAGUUUGGAGACCGUGUCGUUAGUCGUGGAGACUUGAUUUUUGUAAUGGCCGAAGAUGCUGAGGAGCUGCUGAAGACUUGCACGGCCGUCACGUUCGCCAUUCAGACGAAGCCGUGGCUGAGAGAGAUUGAUGUUUGGAAAAGCUUUAUUGAUGUAGAUUUAGAUUUUCUGGAGAGUUUAGACGAUUUUUGGCUAGAUUGA